AUGGCUCAGUCAGCAAACACAACGCCACAAAGCUUCGAGGAUAUAGAAACUCUCGUGAAGCAGCUGUACCAGCCUGGUUCGGCAAAACAGGUGUCAAGGAUACAAGCCAAGCUCCAUCAAUGGCAACGUUCAGAUGCCGGCUGGGAUGUAGCAGAGAGACUUCUCUCCAAUGAUGACGCUAACGUUAGAUUCUUCGGUGCCCUCACGUUGACUAUAAAGCUUAAUGUCGAUUGGAGAAAGAUUGGCAGCGAUCAAGAGCCAUCAGGUGAGACCUUGUUGUCUGGUCUCGUCACCUGCCUGAUACAAUUCGUUAAUCCCAUCAAUCGUCAUGAACCGCCAUUCGUUAUCAAGAAGCUUUGCUCGACCCUGGUAACCUUCUUCUGCAAACCGAUACUUAAUUGGUCCCUAUGCAUUCGACAACUUGCCUGUUCCCUUUACGAAGGCCGUUAUGUGGAGGAAUCGAUGGUGUCUGGACUCGGCAAUUUCAUGGAGAUCAUUUCACACCUGACUGCACUCCAAUUGCAAUGCGUACUAUGGUUUGCGACGGACUUGGCAGAUGAGAUAGGGAAGCUCGAUGGCAUCGAAAGCCGCAAAAUACAUAAUCAUAUGAGAGACAACGCAGAAGACGUGAGCUGGCUUAUACAGUGUGGCCUGCGAUUUGGUACCCCCAUGGAGUCAACCGCAGAUAUGAGUACUACUGGUCAGCUGUCCGACGCAGCAUAUAGAGUCGUGCAAACGAGUUUGUCAAGCUUCGUGUCCUGGUCGUAUUACUGCCAGCGCGAAUGGAUGUUUGAUCCAGAACUUGUCCAAACGAUAGUUGACGUGAUUCCUUUGGCUUUGACUGCCAUAUAUGUAGGAGUCGAUGACGCCGAAAACAUCUUCGUCGACUGGCUUGAUAGCUCAGGGCCCAUACUCCGAUCCCGGUCCGCUCAGAACGUCAAAGAACAUUUCUACGUGCUAUUCACGAGCUCUUGGUGUGAAAAAAACGUUGCAAGCAUGCGUGAAGGCGAUCCCUCUUCGGUGGUCUUCAGCCGUUUGCUGAUUGCUUUCGCGGAGAUCGAGAUAGACCGGUUGACUCAAGAGACCGACACGAGACUAUCACGGUCUCUUCUCGAUUUACUCCACAUGCUGCUGCAAUGCCCUGGCACGCCUGGAGAUGAUGACGAAUACGCACCACUAGGCCUCGAGUUCUGGGGUCAGUACAUUGAGUCUGUCAACGAGCAGAUGUACCAAUCAGACAGUGGAGCUCCUCCAUGGCUACAGUCAGCUAUGCGAGAAGCUCGACAAGCUCUCCACGAACUCUUCGUCAAACUCAACUUCCCGCCAAGCCGGAUUACCUCGACCUGGAGCAGCGAUACUAGACAGUCCUUCAGUAGCUUUCGAACGGACUUCCAGGACAUAUUGCAAUCAGCCUACACAUUCCUCGGUUCAGAGUUGACAGAUAGCCUCACGCAGACUGCUAAUCAUCAACUUGCGACCAAGGACUGGAUGAGUGUCGAAGCUUCGUUGUUCUGUCUUAACGCUCUGGCAGACUCAAUUAGCGAGACUCUUGUAACAGGGAGUCCGGAAGAUGAGAACCUGCUGUCAUUGUUCAAAUCAUCUCUAUUCUCAGAGCUGUCAGCAGAUGCCUCGAUCCCAGGUCGAGUACGGCGAACUGCGGUGGAGUUGCUUGGGCAAUACUCGCCCAUAUUCGAACGGAGGGUUGAGCUCCUUCCCAGUGCACUAAACUUCCUCUUCUCGUCUUUGACCGUUGCAAAUCUAGCUAUAGAGACCGCAAGAUCCAUUAGCAAGCUUUGCUCGUCUUGUCGCAGCCAUCUUACUGCAGAACUGCCGGCCUUCGUACAACACUACGCGUCAUUUUGCUCCUCUUCAACUGCAGACGUAUUGACCCGAGAGAAAGUCAUGGAAGGAAUCGCAUCUGUGGUUCAAGCGUUAUCCAAUGUCCAGGAUCAAGUGGACUGGGUAUCUCGUCUCUUGAAUUUCAUCGAAGAUGACAUAAGGGGUAUGCUCGAACAUGUGGCUGCAAAUCGAAUUGAAGAAGGUCAAGUCAAAGCUUACACCGCCAUGGCAUGCCUCGCAAGUCUGGGCAAGGGUAUGCAAGCACCGGACGACGCCCACAUAGGUGCAGUCAUCGACCAGCAUUUAAAUCUCGUGUGGCAUCCAGUCCAUGAGAGAAUAUUAUCUUGCAUCAACACCACAACCCAGGUACUUGAGAAUGACCCAGAGGUGAUCGAACAAGCUUGCCAAGUCCUGCGUGCUGGAUACAAGGAGAAACUCCCAGGGCCUUUCGUACUCCCCGCAGAUGCCACCACAAAAUUCAUCGAAAGAACGACCUUACAAACGCCGAGACUUCCGAUUAUCAUGUCAACCGCAUCAAUAUUCGUCAAAUCCCACGUUGACCAUGCGAAUCCACAAUUCAAGGACGCUGCACUCAGGAUGUUGACGCACAUCGUCAAAUUGAUGUGGCAACUAGACCAACCAUCUGAAGACCCAGAGGUAGCACAGACCUGCAUUGAAGUGCUUUCCAAUUAUAUCUCUGGCGAUUUUGCCAGCGUUCUUGUCGAAUAUGGAGUGGCACUGCGGAUGGGUGUGGAAUUUACGUUGCGUGCCUUACAAGGCUCGGACGUGCUUCCGAAGCGUGCGGCAGCUUUAUUCUGGACCACUAUCAUAACUGCAUCCGCUGAAGGGAGGCCUCGAAUGCAGAGCAUCGCCAAAGAAGCAACCACCCAUUUCGGGCCUCGGCUUUGCGACGUCCUCGUGGAACAAAUCUGCGGCGGUGCCCCAAAAAGCGCUCUAGAGUAUCUGAGUGUCCCUUUCACGAAACUUAUCCAAGUGGAGCCAGACUCCAGGCUCUGGAUCGAGCGAAGCCUGGAAAAGGUAGUCUCAGAUCCCUCUGGAGAUAUGCGAAAUGCAAAAAUGAAGUUUAUGCGGUCGAUCAUGGGUGCUCGCGGAGCCACAGCUCGCAAAAUCAUCUCAGAAAUCUGGACUGCCUGCCGCCAACACGCGAUAUCAAACACGAGCACCGGUUCGCUCACCAAUCCCCAGCUGAUCGAAUAGUGACAUUGAAUGGUUGUCUGAAACAUCCGGUGGUGCUGUCUCUGUAGGUAAAAGCGGAUGAAGGGAAUGGAUGGACUUGGAAUGAGAGCAUUUCAGGCCGGCACGCGCGUACUGCGUGCGCAUUGCAUGGAGGCAAAACUGACCUUACCGUACAUAGCAGUCGAGAAAGUCUAGAAAAUGCACAUUAUAGCAC